ACACUUGAUACUAUGCAUUUUGCUAUGGUGUAUGGGAUUUUGACGAUUUCGCAUUGCUUUUUUAUUAGAUGUUAGUUUCGUUUGUUAAUUAGUUUGUGUAUCACUUUUGGCUCCCAUCAUGCAUUCAUAGUUUCGUACAAUCAGUUUGCAUUUAGAAUGACUGUUUCGGAUCUUUAUUCCUUAGUGUGCUAUGUUGAACUUAUGUUUGCCAGUUAGAGAUUGAAUUGGUAUAUCAUGUUUGUCAACUUGGUUACCUAAAAGUAAAAAUGUAAAGGAAUACCAUCGUAUCGUAGCACUUUUAACUUUGGGAAGUUAAAAGCAAUCCCUAGAGAUUGAUUAUUUUGGUUUCUCUUAGACCAGAUAAUGUCAAUUAAGGCUUAUUUGUCACUAACUUCUGCAUGUUACAAGAUAAAAAGUUCAUGUUUUCUCCAAGAUCUAAUUACUCCAGCUCCACCCCUAGUAAUCUGGAGACUCCAUUUUAUUCAUUGAGGACUGUCCUUUGCUCCUUGUAUUAUUUUCUUUGUCAGUUACUCCAUUUUAUUCCUUGUUCUUGUUACACUUCUACUUGCCUUCUGGACUGUUGUUAGUUAAAAUUAGAGUUUUGCUAUUGGGUUGAGUCCGUUGACAGCUUCUUGUGGAUUUGGUCUUGUAGUAUACUCUUAGAUUCAGAAUAAUACAUAAUUAUUUUAAUGGUUCAUCAAUUUAGUGAACUGAGGUGUAUUAUUUGCUUUCAGUUGCUCCAAUCAUAUCCUGGAUACUUCAGAAAGGAUAAGUAAUGUGAAGAUAUUAUCCUGUAUCACCUCAUGUAUGUGUUAAACUGCUAGAGUGGGUUCUGUUUUGAGUUAGCUAUGAAAACUUAGGUGGCAUUAGCUGUUUAAGGUUUGACGGCUUUGAUCACACCGGGAAUAGCACUCUUGUAUUGAUUUAAUUUCUUAUAACUGAAAAAUCCAGUGCUGUCCAAUUGCGAGAGUAUGGAUCAAACAGUUGGUGAUGAGAUGCCUGAACCGGUUGAUGGUACACAUAUCCGGCAUAAAGAGAAUGAGUUCUCAAUAACACCUGGCAGCUCUGACAUGCUGCAGUCAGAAAUGGUUACACCUGGUGUUGAUGAUUAUACUCAUAUGGCAAGAAAUCGAUAUUCAGUUAUACUGAAUGCAAAAGACAUGGACAGAAUUGGUUCUUCUGAACAUGCGAGUGCCAGUCCACGCUGUAUGGAUGAUGCUGGGGUAAUGGUUGAAGAGUUGACGCUGAGAAAUUAUGAUGGGAAAACGUUGACUGUUGUGGGUAGUUCAAACAAUAGAGAACGAACACAAACUAAAAAAAAUCAGUGGCAGAAUUUGUAUCAAAUAGGUGGCAGAUCAGGAAUCAGCAACCUUCAUGGACGGAGUGGGUACAAAGGAAAAGGUCAGGCAACCUCGAGUGCCUGGGAAGAUGAGGAUAACAAUUUCUUUCCCGGAUUACUAGAUCAAAGUCAGCCACCAUCAGAUUUUAGUCAUAAUAAUAUUAUGGAAAAUCAACUAAUGGACAAUGAUAAAGGUAUUCCAGGCCAUACGUUAAAUUCUUCUGGAGGCAUUAGGACAAAGAUCUUGUCUAAAUCUGGUUUUUCGGAGUACUUUAUUAAAAGUACAUUGAGAGACAAAGGAGUAAUUCAUAAAACACACGCCUGCAGAGGAUCUGGUACUGUGUCUGGGGACCAGGUUAAUCCGAAGUGUGGCAUUGCUGGUUCAACAAAUACUGCCGCACCAUUAGGUUGUUCUGGGAAGCCUGUUUCAUCUCUUUCAGACAGAACCAAUAUUGAUGGAUUAAGUUUAAGAGAAUGGCUGGAAGCUGAUGGAAAGAAAGCAAAUAAAGUUGAAAAACUGAAUAUAUUUAGACAAGUUGUGGAUCUUGUUGAUUUUUCACAUGUUCAAGGAUCUUCGCUUCAAGAUUUAAGGCCUUCCGCCUUCAAAUUGUCAGGGGCAAAUCUGGUCAUGUAUCUAGGAUCUUCUGUACGUGCAGGGGUCACAGAUAAUUUUACAGAUCAAGACAAUUACCAAUCUAGUCUUAAUCGUAACGAUAAGAGGCCAAUAAAUCAAAGGUUGAUGUCCAUUGAGAACCAGCAUGUGAAGAAGCAGAGAUCAGGUGAUAAAUUGAGCACUAUCCAAAGAUGGCCCCAGUUUCCAUCAAGGUCUGGCACUAGAUUUGCGACCAACAAUGUUUCCAAGGAUCCUAGCAAUGAUGUACACGAGGAGCAGGGUCCUAUAGCAAAAACUAAGAACUACAGCAAACAGUUUGGCCAUGAUGUGCCUAAUUCAUUACAUGCAUUGCGGUCCUCUACGAAUUUUAUGUUAGAAGAGAAGUGGUAUACAAGCCCAGAGCAGUUCUCUGAGAAAGGCUGUACCUUUGCAUCAAACAUAUACUGCCUGGGAAUUCUUCUAUUUGAGUUACUUGGCUCAUUUGAUUCUGGAAGAUCUCAUGCUGCUGCCAUGCUUGAUUUACGUCAUAGGAUUCUCCCUCCCAGCUUUUUUUCAGAGAAUCCCAAGGAAGCUGGGUUUUGCCUUUGGUUACUUCACCCUGAGCCUUCAUCACGGCCCACAACCAGAGAGAUUUUGCAGUUUGAACUUCUAAGUGGUACUCAAGAACUACCUCGAGGUGAGUUGUUAUCAUCUAUUCAUGAAGAAGACGAGGAAUCAGAUUUGUUAUUGUAUUUCCUUGCCACAUUAACCGAGCAAAAAGAAAAGUAUGCACUCAGUCUAUCAGAACAAAUACAGUGCAUUGAAGCUGAUAUUCAAGAGAUUGAGAAACGCAAACCUAGAAAGUCAUUGGUUCUAUCUUCUUUGCUUCAGAAGUCACCUGCUGCUGCAUGUGGGAGCAGUGCAAGUGUAGAUCCAUAUUUAAAGGCUACAAAUGAUGCAGAAACUAGGUUAAUGAGUAAUAUCAGGCAACUCGAACAUGCUUACUUUUCAAUGAGAUCAAACUAUCAGCUUGCAGACAGUGAUUCUGCCACUGAUAGGGAUGUAGAACUCCUGAGAAGUCAUGAAUUGAGGUGCACUCUGGGAAAGGAAGAGAACAAGACUGAAGAUCGUCUAGGGGGCUUCUUUGACGGUUUGUGUAAAUAUGCUCGCUACAAAAAGUUCAAAGUAAGAGGAAUACUGCGGAAUGGAGAAUUUAAUAAUUCUGCAAAUGUGAUCUGCUCUUUAAGUUUUGACCGUGAUGAAGACUACUUAGCUACGGGAGGGGUGUCAAAGAAGAUAAAAAUUUUCGAAUAUAAAGCUCUCUUUGAUGAUUCAGUCGAUAUUCAUUAUCCAGUUGUUGAGAUAUCAAAUAAGUCAAAGCUUAGUUGCAUUUGCUGGAACAGCUAUAUCAGAAACUUCCUUGCUUCGACAGAUUAUGAUGGCAUAGUCAAGUUAUGGGAUGCCUCAACCGGUCAAGGGUUUUCUGAGUUUGUUGAGCAUAGUCAAAGGGCUUGGUCUGUUGACUUCUCUCGUGUUGAUCCUACGAAACUAGCCAGUGGCAGUGAUGAUCGUUUGGUGAAAGUAUGGAGCAUAAACGAUCGAAAUAGUUUGUGCACAAUAAGGAGCCAUGCAAAUGUUUGCUGUGUUCAGUUCUCACCUCACUCCUCCCAUUUACUGGCCUUCAGCUCUGCUGAUUAUAAGACCUAUUGCUAUGAUCUUCGCAAUGUUUCAGUACCUUGGUGUGUGUUGGCGGGCCAUGAGAAAGCUGUAAGCUAUGCAAAAUUCUUGGACUCAGGAACAAUUGUUUCUGCAUCCACUGACAACACACUGAAGAUUUGGGAUUUAAAGAAGACAAGUUCCAAUAGUUUGUCAAGGGAUGCUUGUAUUUCAAGUCUCAGAGGGCAUUCUAAUGAGAAGAACUUUGUUGGCCUAUCGGUGAAUGAUGGUUAUAUAACAUGUGGUUCCGAGACAAAUGAGGUAUUUGCCUACUAUAAAUCUCUGCCCAUGCCAAUUUCUGCCCACAAAUUUGGCUCCAUUGAUCCCAUGACUGGCAAGGAGACAGAAGAUGAUAAUGGACAGUUCGUUUCAAGUGUUUGCUGGAGACCCAAGUCAAAUACGGUUGUUGCUGCUAAUUCAACUGGAUGUAUCAAACUCCUACAGUUGGUUUAGACAUAGUAUAUAAGUAUGUUCUUCCAUUACAAGCUGUGCCAUAUCAAAGUUCAUAUCUGCCCAUCACUGAAGCAUCCUGCACUACUUCUAGUUGCUUGUUUUGUUGCUUCCACACUACGCUGGAAACAAAGCUUGAUCAUGGAGUUUAGCUUUGGAAGAAAGUGGGGCUUUUACCUUCCUUGCCUCGGAUGCCGUUUGUCAAGAGGUAGGCUUGAUAACGGGGUUUGCCAAGAGUAGCUUGGUGAGGAACGAAGGUGGGAGACACGUAUGUCCCUAACUACCUUAGCCGGGUGGCGUAUUCUUAGAUUCUUGCAGAAGUUGCUCCUUAAGCAAGGUGAAAUACCAAAUGCCCAUCAUUUGAAGCAACUUCUGCACAGUUGAUUUUUAAUGUUGAUAUAUAGUGGAAUUGUAACGUGAUUGAGGUUGCGUGUUGAGCGGCAUUCUUUGUAUAAUUUAGCUUUACACCAAAUUGUACUACUCCACUAUUCUAUUAAUAUUCAUAUGUAUUCUGUAAUGAGUGGGAUAUAUAACCUACACUAAAACUAGUGGAUUCUUCAUUCUUUUA